AUGCAGGAUCAUAUACAACAACGAAGAGCUCGUGCUUGUAUCAACCGAAUUUUACUUGUCAUACACGAUUACGGCCUGAUUAUUCAACGCAACAAUAAUAGCCCGACAAUGAUCACCCACCAACAGACCAUUGAAUCCAUUCACGAAAACUUAUCUUCAUCUGGAAACAGAUUGGAAGCACAUCCAUCUCGGAUUUUGGAGAUCAAAAGAAUAACACAAAUGAAACCACCAGCAAACAAUUUCAAGCGUAUCUUAUUUUGGACAAGUUUCUUUAAUUGGAAAGACUUUGGCUUCGGUAUGGGUCGAGAACCUUUUACCCUCGCCAAAUGUCGCCUCACCAACUGUAUGACGACAGAUGACCGGAGUUUACUUAACCAAAGCGAUGCGCUCAUUUUUCAUCCCAACGAUUACAACGCCAGUGAUUUGCCUUCAGUGAGAAAUCCUGACCAACGUUACGUCUUCUUGUAUUACGAAGCCCUGAUAAUCGAGAGGCAUAGAUUGCCCGUUUUUUACCAUCCGCUGCCUAAUUUCUUCAACUGGACAAUGACGUAUCGUCGAGAUUCCGACGUGCAUUCGACUCAUCCUUACGGCGUCAUCCGGCGGAAACCCAGCUCGCGUAUGGGAAUUGUAUUACCCGAACCUUUGCCUGCUGGGGUUUCUCCUCCUGAUCCUGCUGCCCUCUUACAUAUUCAAACUGACUCUAAUCGUCGUUAUUAUCCAGCAAAUGCAAACAAGACCAAAUUGAUUGCAUGGUUCACUUCCAACUGCGUCACACCUGGUGGCAGGGAGAUCUUCUUCCGGCAAAUGGCCAAUUACGUUCCUAUCGACAUUUACGGCGCUUGUGGAAGCCUAGAGUGUGGUCCUGAAAAAGGCAGUGAGUGCGACACGGCCCUGAAAACAUACAAAUUCUACAUUGCGGCUGAGAAUUCAAUUUGUCCUGAUUACGUUACGGAGAAAUUAUACAGGGCACUCGCAGUAGGAGCCGUUCCAAUCGUUUACGGAGGUGCGGAUUACUCCGCUUACGCCCCACCUUAUUCUUUCAUCAAUGCUGCUGAUUUCAAAUUGCCAAAGGCAUUGGCAGAUUACCUGAUCUUACUUGAUCACAAUCCAGGUUUGUAUUCGAGAUAUUUCGAAUGGACAAAGGACUGGGAGGUGGUGCGCAAUCCGCUUGACGGAUGGUGCAAUUUGUGCGAAAAACUCAACGAUCCAGUUCAAAAACCGAAAAGCUAUAAAAAUAUUGGCCACUGGUGGUAUGAUAUACAUCCUUGCCUUCCGGGGGCAUCUCUCUUGAAGCUUUAUGGCCUGCCAAACGAAUUUCAUUAG